AUGAUUGCGUUCGCGCAGACGUGCCUGGCGAGGGAAGGAUCAGAUGAUGCAGCGGCACAGGAGGCGCUGAGGGUGGUGGAGCACGGGGCGAGCAUGCUGAGGGCGCAGGGCGGGCAGGCAGCAGCGUCGCAGGCAGCGCGGCUGCUGCGCUUCAAGGCUGCGCUGCACCUCAGAGUCCAUGAUAGCACGGGAGCAGUGGAGGCGUUGGAGGAGGUGGCAGCGAUGGGGGAUGCAGGGCUGUGCGACAGAGUUGGGGCGUUGGAGGAGGUGGUGCGGAUCCACCUCAGCGGCCACGCAGAUGCACAUGCCAUGGAGUCUGCUGGGAGGGCCGCUGCAUUGCUGCAACCACCAACACCCGCCCCAUCAGCAUCACCACCAUCCCCAUCAUCACCAUCAUCAUCAUCCUCACCUGCACCAUCAUCAGCGUCAGCAGCACCACCAGGGCUGGCAUUCCUGCGUUUCCGAGUGCUCUGCUCCGUGGGGCUCGUGGAGCAGCUGUGCGGCCAUAUUGCCACUGCUCGGGAGCACUUUCAGGAAGCAGACGAGCUCGAGCCGCCCGACUGCAACUCGGUGCCAACCACAGGGCUCGCCCGCCUGGCAAUGGCGCUACACCUGCACUCUGUCGGCCAAUGGGAGCAAGCCACGUCAUACUACUCGCAGCUUAUCCAAUGUUCCUCGCCACCUUCUCCUCCUUCCUCCUCACCCCCCUCUUCCUCCUCCUCUCCCUCCUCUCCUUCCAUCGCAUCCCCAUCACCCACCGCGUCGUCCCUCUCGCCCUCUUUGCGUGCGGGGGCAGCGGAACGCGUGGGGGCGCUAUCAGGCCGGGGGCAGCUGCUGCUGCAGCAAGGCGAUUUCAAGGCAGCAGAGGAGCAAUUCACAACAGCUCUCAAAGAGGCAGAGGCCAUGGAUGAUAGCUCAGAUUUCAACCCAAUGAUGGGAGCCGUGCUUUCCCUGCUGGGCGACACAUACGCUCAAAGAGGCAGGCUGCAGCACACGGGGGAGGGAAUGAUUGCUGAGGGUCUUUUUCGGCGAGCACUGGCUCUCCUGGGGGCGGCACAGUGGGACAGUCUGGAUCACAGGCUGUCGCUGCUCGCAGGGGCAGCAAGCGGCUCGACUGCAGCGGAAGAUGCAGACGAAGAGCAAUUGAAGGAUCGGAAGAACCGAGUGCUGCAGCUGGACCUCAUCGCAUUCACCCUCGAGCGCUACGCAGCGGCCCUUCAGGCCUUCCCCAUGCGCGCCAGUGAGGCGCAAAGCAUGAGUGCCGCCGCCCACCACCUGUGGCGGUCGCCCCUCUCCCUCGACUCAGCCGUCACCUCAUCCCGAGUAUCCGCUGCUGCUUUCGAGCCGAUGAUGAAAUCGUCCGUUUGUGCUGCUGACAAUCCCGGUGUUUCGUCUGAAUCUAAAUCGGCGAAAGAUAUGGUUUGUGCAGCGCAUUUCUCGUUGCCUGCUCCAGUGGUGGAUGUAACAACAGGCAGGGUCUUGCUGUCAUGA